AACAGAACCAUAAGAGAAGCCUUUACUUCUUCUCAAUUCCUAAACUUUCUCCAAAACCCAAUUCAGAGAAAGAAGAAUGGAGCAUGUAGAAGGUUUAUCAGAGGGAGAAUGGAGCUCUUUCAGUGGAAUGUUCUCCACAGAUGAGUCAGAUUUCAUGGCACAGUUGCUUGGGAACUACUCUGUUCCCCAUGAUCAUGAAGCUGGAUCAACCUUGAGCUUAGGGACUCUAUCAAGUCUUUGGCCUGGUCAUGAAGCCGCUGCCGCCGCCGGCAAUACUACUGGGAGUGAUGAGAGGACAUACUAUUGUUCAGAUGGUGUUAACUCUAGUUUUAUCUGUUACCCUCAAGGGAGUAACUAUAGCAGUGGUACUAGUAGUCUCUUACUACCCUCACACCACCACCAUGGUCACUACUAUUUGAGCAAUAGCAGCAGCUCCAUGUCCAUGGAUUUCUCUAUGGUUAACCCUUCCAUUCAGGUAUUUGCUGAGAACCCAGUUGAAGAAGCUGCUUGCUUGAAUGAGGAGAUGAGCAGUGACAGUGCACAUGAAUCUGGUGCAUCCCCAGAAGCCGCCGCCGCCAUUGCUCUUCGUGACAAGAAACUUCCACAACUAAAGAGGAGACCUGUAAUGCUGGAUCCUAAUGUCAAUUCAGAAGACAAACCUGAAUACCCAAGGAAGAAAUCUCGGAUUCCAACAGGAGAAGUUCAAAGGACUAAGAAGAAUGUGCAAUCAAAGAAAACCCAGAAACUGAACCUAAACAGCAAUGAUGAUGAAGAGAAUGCUGGUACAAAUGGGCAGAGUUCUUGCAGUGACUGCUCAGAGGAUGACUCCAAUGCUUCUCAGGAGCUAAACGGAGGAGGAGCAACUUCAAGCUCCAAAGGUCCUGAAGCUCUAAACCUAUUGAAAGGGAAAACAAGAGCCAGUAGGGGUUCAGCCACUGAUCCACAAAGCCUCUAUGCUAGGAAGCGAAGAGAAAGAAUCAAUGAGAGGUUGAGAAUCCUACAAAACCUUGUCCCUAAUGGCACAAAGGUUGAUAUCAGUACAAUGCUAGAAGAAGCUGUACAGUAUGUCAAAUUUUUGCAGAUCCAAAUCAAGCUCUUAAGCUCUGAUGAUCUAUGGAUGUAUGCUCCCAUUGCUUACAAUGGAAUGGACAUUGGGCUUGACUUGAAGUUAUUAUCUACAACCAGAUGAUGAUGAUAACUUUGGAAGGCAUGCAGAGGGUGGUGCUGGAUAACUAUGCUGUUAAUAAAUCAAUCCAUUUACUACCUGGGUUCAUUAUAUUUAACACUUUAACAGAAAAGAACAGUAAAAAAGAGACUUAUUAAUUCAUAGAUUCCUAUCUUGUAAUGGGUUGAUCAUCCAAAUAAGUAAAUUCAGAAAACCCUUUUCUCAAUUUGCCUUUUUUUUUUCCUCAUAUGUUUCU